AUGGCCAACAGCUCGCCUUCCUCUGUCAACAAGCACAUAUCCGAGACCUCGUCGAGAUGCCGGACAGAGUGUGUCGCCACCGCCCACAACUUCGAGGUGACUGAGUAUUCGCUGCUCGAGGGUAUGGGUAUCGACAAGUUCGUUAGCUCCAGCACAUUCAGCGUCGGCGGCUAUGACUGGAACAUCAGGAUCUACCCUGAUGGGUGGAAGGAAGAAGACAAAGGUGCCUACAUGUCUGUCUUCUUGCGCAUCUGCAGUAAGCCAACAACGGGUGUCAAGGUGAAGUACACAUUCGGUUUAUUGGAGAAAGAUGGAAAAGUUAGUUGUCUGUACAGCGAAGGGAGUACCUUUCAGUCCGGUUUUUGGGGCUGCCCCAAGUUUAUUGAGAAGUCCAAGCUGAAGGAACUGCUAUCCCGCAAUGACGACUGCUUCACGCUCAGGUGCGUUUUGACCGUGAUGAAAGAGCCUCGCACUGAAGAUGUAAGCACAGUCAUAGUCCAAGUGCCGCAGUCAAACCUGCACACACACUUUGUGAACAUGCUCAAGGACGGAGAAGGCAUGGAUGUGACGUUCAGUGUCGGCGGCCAACAGUUCAGUGCACAUAGAUGCGUGUUAGCCGCGCGAUCCUUGGUGUUCAAGGCCGAGCUCUUUGGUCAGAUGAAGGAGACCGCCAUGAAACACAUCAAGAUCGAUGACAUGGAUCCUUCUGUAUUCGAGGCACUUCUGCACUUCAUAUACACUGAUUCUCUGCCAAGCGACUCGGAUCUGGAUCGGAAUGUGGAAUUGCAGCACUUGUUGGUUGCCGCAGAUCGGUACGGACUGGACCAGCUGAAGGCUAUGUGUGAAGGGAAGCUAUGCCAGAAAAUCGAUGUGCAAACAGUGGCAACCACCCUUGCUUUAGCAGAGCAGCACCACGCCGCGCAACUCAAGGAUGCUUGUCUCAGACACCUUUCUUCACAGGAGGUGCUUCGAGCUGUCAAAGAGACUGAUGGAUUCAAGCACCUCACAGCAAGCUGCCCAUGGAUCAUGAUGGACAUUUUAGAGAAGGUCGCGCCACCGUCAGGAGCAUGA